GAUCAAUCCAUUACCCCCCCGUUCUCCUCCUCUCCUCUUCUCUCCUCCUUUCUACACCUCUUCAAUUCUCCAUCUACUCCUUUCUAUCACCCUUCAAAACCCAUCAACCCCACCAACCCACACACAAUGUCCACCCCGCAGUUCACCACCGCGCUGUCGAGCGCCCAGUCCAAGGCCAAGUUCACCCCCGAGGUGCAAGCCGCAGCCGAGAAGGUCAACGCCGACGCCCUGACCUCGGCCGUCGAGGCCGUCCUUGCCGGCGACGACGCCGCCUCCGUGUCAGGCGAGCAGGCCGACGCCCUGACUCAGGGCUUCGAGUUCGCCACUCUGCUGGUCAAGCAGCUGUCUUCGGAGCCUGGCAGCACCGAGAUGUUGAACCUUUACAAGUACUUCAAGCGCGCCAACAACCAAGAGCCUGCUAAGCCUUCCAUGUUUGCUUUGGAGGCCAAGUACAAGUACCAGGCCUGGGAGAGCAUCAAGACCAUCAGCCAGCAGCGCGCUCAGGCUCUCUACAUCAAGGAGGUCGACACCCUCAUCGAGAAGUACGGUACCCGCGAUUAGAGCACCGCAUGACAAAGAUAUCAUACUUGGUUAUGAGAUUUGGCCUGUUUAACUUUUUUUUGGCUUGGUUCACCCCCCGGCCGUCAUUUGGCCUAUGGUAGUCGAAUGAGUUCUGUAUUCCAUCAUGCAAUGUUAUGAGCGAGCAUCAUCUUUGUGCCCGUCUUGUCGUCGGGCCGAACACAGAGAAAGGAAAUGAUCAAGUGUAUAGAGCUGGUGAUGAUGCGGUUUCUUUGGUAACUCUAUAUACUGUUGGGGUGGUUUUGGUUCAAGCUGAAGUCGCU